UGGCAUUAGUCGAGUGCCGCCUUCUGCCAUGAAGAUGAGGCGCCGCCAGCUAGAGCCCCGACUGCUCGGCUCGGCGACGCCAACGCCGCGCGCUACGCGCCUCCGUUGGCCUGUCUUGCGAUGCGGCGGCGUCGGCCCCGACCCCCGGGGCGCACCGAGCAAGCCGGCCGCACCUGCUUGUGCUUCGCCUCACCAGCUGUUGCUUCUUCUCCCUGUGGCUGAGGAAGUGCAAGGAAGGCCUGCAAGCAACGAACAUGGCUGAGUCGCUGCUUCUCGGAGUGGUGCGUGGCGUCGUCGGCAAGACGGCCGACGCGCUCGUGCAGAGCGUCACCCGCAUGUGGGGCGUCGACGAGGACUGUGGCCGGCUCGAGCGCCACCUGGUGUACGUGCAGUCCCUGCUGGCUGACGCCGAGGCGAAGAGCGAGACCAACCACGCCGUCCGGGCGUGGAUGAAGGAGCUCAAGGCCGCUGCCUACCAGGCCGACGACGUCCUCGACGACUUCCAGUAUGAGGCGCUGCUCCGCGAGGUUCUGAGCGGCCGGUCCUUGGCAAGCAAGGUACUGAGCAACUUCACCUCAAAGAAUAAACUUGUGUUUCGUCAUAAGGCGAGCAGGGACCUCAAGAACGUGCUCGGAAAGAUUGACGAGCUGGUGACCGAGAUGCGGAAGUUUGACUUGGUGGUGCGGGUGGAGGCGCCAACACAAGCUCUUUAUCGGCAGACACACUCAGCGCUGCACGAAUCCAAGGAUAUAUUUGGCAGAGAGGAUGAUAAGGAAGUUGUGGUGAAGCUGUUGCUGAACCAACAAGAUCAACAGGAUGUGCAAGUGUUGCCCAUCAUUGGAAUGGGGGGUGUGGGAAAGACCACACUAGCCAAGAUGGUGUACAACAACCAUAGAAUUCAGAAGCAUUUUGAGUUGCUGAUGUGGCACUGUGUGUCGGAAAAUUUUGAAGCUAUUCCUCUUGUGACUAUAAUUGAGUUAGCUAUAAAUAGCAGAUGUGAUCUGCCUGACACCAUUGAGCUGCUGCAACGGCGACUGCAGGAAGCUAUUGGCCGUAAAAGGUUCCUACUCAUUCUCGAUGAUGUGUGGAAUGAAGACCAACGCAAGUGGGAGGAUGACCUGAAGCCGCUAAUGUGUUCUUGUAUUGGUGGAUCAGGAAGCAUGAUAGUUGUCACAAGUCGAAGCAGACAAGUGGCAUCGAUAAUGGGCACCCUUCCACCCCAUGAGUUAGUGUGCCUGAGUGAAGAUGAUUCAUGGGAACUGUUCUCAAAAAAAGCCUUUAGUGAUGGAGUGCAAGAACAAGCAGAUUUAGUCACGAUUGGCAGACGAAUCGUUAGCAAGUGCAAGGGACUGCCUCUUGCACUGAAGACAAUGGGUGGCCUGAUGAGUUCAAAACAUCAAGUCCAGGAGUGGGAAGCCAUUGCAGAUUGCAAUAUUAGUGAUACCAAUAGAGGCAAAGAUGAAGUAUUGCCCAUACUCAAACUGAGCUACAAACACUUGUCACCUGAGAUGAAGCAAUGCUUUGCCUUCUGUGCAGUUUUUCCGAAGGACUAUGAGAUGGAGAAGGACGUGUUGAUCCAACUAUGGAUGGCAAACGGUUAUAUUCAUGAAGAGGGAAAUAUGGAUGUGGCAAAGAAAGUGAUUAUGGCUUUGGAAUCGAGGAGCUCAGAGACCUACGUCAUAGGUUGGAGCUGUACAACUUGAGGAACGCAAAGAGAGGGUCAAAGGCCAAUCUCCAUGAGAAACAGAAUUUAAGUGAACUAUUGUUGUGCUGGGGCCGCGAUCGAAUUUGCUACCCUACAGAUGUUGUUGAUGCCAGCAAUGAGGAACAGGUUCUGGAAUCUCUCGCACUAUAUCCACAAGGUGAGCUCAAACAUUUGGAGGUACAUGGGUAUGGUGCCCUGGCAAUUCCACAAUGGAUGAAAGACUCCCAGAUAUUCCUGCACUCGAGGAAACUCAUAAUUUCCCGCUGCCCAAGAUGUGUUGAUCUCCCAAUAGUGUGGUCGUUGCCCUGUCUUGAGGCUUUGUCUUUAUUCAAGAUGUAUAGCCUGACCACUCUAUGUAGGAACAUUGGUGUGGAAGCUGCAGGACACAAUAGCCAUGUGCAAAUACUCCCAAUGCUAAAGAGGAUGUCUUUAGUGGAUUUGCCAGAGUUUGAGACUAUUAGCUUUGGUGCCUUGAGCAGCUAACAAUUAGGGAUUGUGAUAAACUUGCAAGUCUCCCAGAAAUACCAGUUCUGAGAA